AUGCUUUCUACAUUCGUGUUACCGCUUUUCCUUGCGUCUGCAUCGCUCGUAGCUGCAGUGCCACCUCAAGUCCGUCCUUAUUUCGGCCAAGGAGCGAAUGAUGAGCUGAGACUCAUCAAAACUUCAGAGUUGGAUCCCGGGACCUGGGUGACGGAAGAGCAGAAAAUCACGGAUUACGUGGCUAAGGAUAUACAUUUCAUUGAUAUCACGGAUAUCAAAAACGAAACAACCCUCGCACGCCUCUCCACCCCCCAAGAAGUCUCAACCCUCGAAUCUCGCGCAAUAACUUACCCAUCAGCUAUUUCGCACCAAACCCAGGCAAAUCCUUUAAUCGCCCAACUCACUACCACUGGCCCGAAAACCUGGAUGACAGCUUUAACAACUUUCUACAACCGCUAUUAUCGCUCUACAACUGGCACCCAAGCAGGAACCUACCUCCUCGCCCUAGCUAAGAACCUUACAGCUUCCAACCCCGCGAUCGUCGUGUCAACCUUCACGCACUCCUUCAACCAACCUUCUAUCAUUGUGAAAAUCCCUGGCACGAGUCCAAAUCUCGUAAUAGUAGGCGCCCACUACGACUCCACCGGCGGCUCCUCCACCGCCCGCGGCCCCGGCGCCGACGACAACGCCUCCGGCACCUGCACGCUCCUCGAAGCCCUUCGAAUCCUCUCACUCUCCCGCUUCGCCCCCAAAAACACGCUCGAAUUCCACUUCUACGCCGGCGAAGAAGGCGGCCUCCUCGGUUCCGCCGCCGUCUUCGCUAACUAUGCCUCCGCUGGGAAGAAUGUGCUCGCCAUGGUGGCCCAGGAUAUGACGGGGUAUAGUCCGAGCGGCAAGGUGAGCGUGUAUACGGAUUAUGCGGAUGCCGGGUUGACGGGGUUUGUGCGGAAGGUGGUGGUGGGGUAUGCGGGGGGAGCCUAUACGACGGAUAAGUGUGGGUAUGGGUGUAGUGAUCAUGCUAGUGCUUUUUCUAAUGGGUUUCCGGCGAGUUAUGUCUGUGAUGAGGUUAUUAAGACGUCGAGUCCGUAUAUUCAUAGUCCGCAGGAUGCUUUGUCGACGAUUGAUUUCACUGCUGUACUUCGACAUUCAAAAUUCACAGUUGGAUUCUUGGUGGAAGCUUCGUAUCUUUGA